AAGGUUUUAAAAAAGGACAGCGAGUGACUGAAAUGAGAUUUCAACCGAAGAAGAGCUCAGAGAACUAAGAUGAACCUGGAGGAGGACAGCGGCCUGUCAGCCAGCUGCGGCAAUGGCAAACUGAGACAGUGGCUCAUAGAACAGAUAGACAGCAGGAGAUAUCCCGGCCUGGUUUGGGAAAACGAUGAAAAAUCCAUCUUUAGGAUCCCGUGGAAACACGCAGGAAAACAGGACUACAACAGAGAGGAGGAUGCUGCACUAUUCAAGGCAUGGGCAUUGUUUAAGGGAAAAUAUAAGGAAGGAGUUGACAAGCCAGACCCACCAACGUGGAAAACCAGACUACGCUGUGCCCUAAAUAAGAGCAAUGACUUUGAUGAGUUGGUGGAGAGAAGUCAACUAGACAUCUCAGAGCCCUACAAAGUCUACAGAAUCAUUCCAGAGGAGGCUAAAAAAGGGAUGAAGAUGAACAGCAUGGAGGAGACGACCUCACACGUGAACACACAUGGCUAUAUCCCUGCAUACACGUCUCUACACAACCAGGGACCUGCUUUUAUGUUUUCUCAGGAGAGAAGAGACUGGAGGGAUUAUUUAUCACCAGAACAACAGCAUCUUCCUCAUCCCACAACGCCACAUGCAGAGGGGCAAUUUGGUCAGAGUCACUACCCAUCUGCGUUCAGCAGGGCAUGGACUGGGUCUCACACAGAGAAUGGUUUUCAGCUCUCCUUCCACACCUACCUUUCAGACUCUCAACCGCACAUGUACUCAUUGGACCACAACAAUGCCAUCACAGAUUUCAGCCUUCAUGUGUCUCUUUACUACCGAGAGUCUUUGGUGAAGGAGGUGACCACCACCAGCCCAGAAGGUUGUCAAAUCACCUCUCCUUCAUCCUCAUCUCCAUCAUCUUCCUCUUCGUCAUCCCCAUGCCCAGAGGACAAGUGUCACAGCGGAGCAGAAGUCAUCCUUUUUCCUUUCCCGUACCCCGAGUCUCAUCGGCAAGGCGCUGAGAUGCUCCCUCGCAUCCUGGAGAAGGGGUUGCUUCUGUGGAUGACCCCUGAUGGGUUGUACGCCAAACGUCUUUGUCAGGGACGAGUGUACUGGGAGGGACCCCUGGCUCCAUAUUCAGAUAAACCCAACAAACUGGAGAAAGAGCAGCCUGUCAAAUUGUUUGACACGCAGCAGUUUCUUAUUGAACUUCAGGACUUUGUUUAUAAUGGCCGGCACCUACCAAGACAUCAGGUGGUGCUGUGUUUUGGAGACGAGUACCCUGAUCCACAGCGCCCAAGAACGAAGAUGAUCACAGCACAGGUGGAGCCAGUGUUUGCAAAGAAAUUGGUGUACUACUAUCAGCAGAACAAUGGCCACUACCUGCGUGGUUUUGAUCACAUCCAAGAACAGAGCACAAACACAGCAUCUCCAACCAUUGACUACCCUGCUCAAAGACCUCUGCAGCACAUCCAGGAGUAACAGCAUGCCUUCAGUCAGGUGUACACAGAUGCAAACAUACGCAUACAGCUGUGCAUAAAUGUGAAUGUAAACCGCUGCCCUUUAAUCACACCUGCAGGGUGCCUGCAAGGCUGUGUACUGUAAAUGAUACGGAGGGGUAUACAUGGGGAAGACCCGGCUGUCUUUCCUUGCACACCUCUGCGUUGCACUCUUUGUGUCUGAGAAGGUGGCGUGAUGUGUUUUUCUUCUACGAGUAAUUUUGUGACAGUGUGAAGGAUGCGGUUUGAGGGCGGGGGGUCGAGGAGAGCAGAGGGCGACUGUGACAGGAAGUACUUGCACAGGUGCACAGGAAGAAUGGCCCCAUAGACUUACAAUCACAUGUAAAAUGGAUUAGGGCAUGAAUGAACUCUUAUUGUAUUUUUAUCAGGUAACAGUCUGCUGUGGGAUUGUUACUGUGUAAGUCUGAGGUGGCACUCAGGACGAUGACAGACUUUACACAACGUAAUUCAUACAUUUCGGCCGCAAUACUUCAAGUGUAGAGCAGCAACAUUAGCCAAGAUGAGUGAACAGACCCACAUGUUACUGCUUAGUCCACUGUGGACCUUAAUUCUUUGCAAAUGCAAAUGGGAAAAAGCUACAUCUGACUGGUGAUGGAGUUGAAACAAAUUGUUUACUUCAGGGCUGCAAAAAGAAUGUGGAAAUAGACCAGUUUAUCAAAAAUUGCAUUUAAAAGCCUACAAAUAUAUCUGAUCCAUUUAACUAUGUCAAAAUGAUUAAAAAGAUAUUCAGCAAGUAGGGCUUUUCUCAGACCACUCCCUUUACCUUCUCCCUGAACACUUCUACUCCGUUUGCGUGCUCUCGUGGAGGCUCUGCCCCAUUUAGUUCUGUCUAAAACCUUGAAGUCAAAAGACAGAGUGAAUAUUUAAACCCUUUAGUGGCGUGUCUGCAGUGUUGUGACUUACUGCAUCAGCUUAACAGCUUUGUCUGUUUAUUUUGGGAGACGCUCCUAGAUUUAGGGUUGCAUUAUCACCACACAAACUUAAAUACAUCCACAAGAUUCAAAAAUAGCAGCAUGUACGGAUGGAAAAUCAAAACAUGUACAUUAAAGUCAGGAAUUGAUUUCAAGUAAAAAAAAAAAAAAGGCAAAUGUGUUUAUUUGACUUUGGGUUUUCUUACAUUUACUUACUUGCAAGUACAUUUUAAUAUCAGAAGAUCCAAUAAUAUGCAUAGAAAAAAAAAACAAAUUUGAUUUUUUAAAAAUAUAUUUAGGAGUCAUUUUAGUGAGUCUUUUUAUGUGAAAAUUUAAUAUUUGAGUAACAUAAAAUCCCAGAUAUAUGAUGUUUCUGUUUCCAAAAGAGUGAGGUGAAGUUUAUUAAUAUCAACCAAUUGUCUGGUUCUGGCCAAUUAUCUGGGUUCAUAUAUUCAAUAUUUGGUCAGUUAUCAGUAUCCGUGUUUUAUAACGCUGUUUGGCAAUAAUAUAAAUGAACUUAAAAAUGCUUUACUUUGGUUUUGCUGCAAAUAGUGUCUUCCUCACACUAUCUGAUUAUGUAACAAAUUAGCAAGUGAUAAAGUGGUUAGACAGAUACACCUCAAUAAAUUGAAAAAUUUCAUUGAACAGUUUUUUAAAUCUUGAUGAAUAUGGCUUACAGCUUACUAAAAUUAAAAAGUAGGUCAAAAUAUUAGAAUAUUGUGGAAAAGUCCAAUUUUCAAAGGCUUCUUGAGCCUUUAUUUACUCACUCUGGGUCAGUAAACACAACUGCAAUCAUGGGAAAGACUGCUGACCUUACAAAUAUCCAGAAGAUAAUCAUUGUCAUCCUCCAAAAGGAGGGUAAGCCACAUAAGGUUGCUGAAAGGACAGGUUGUUCACAUAGUCCAGUGUCAAAUCACAUUCAUGGAAAGUUGACUGGAAGAGAAAAGUGUUGUAAAAUAGAUGCACAAGCAACAGGGAUGAGCUCAGCCUUCGGAGGGUUGUCGAAUGAUGCCGAUUAAAGAGCAUAGGGGAACUUCACAAAGAGCUGACUGAAGCUGGAGUCAGUGUAUCAAGACUAAAGUCAGUGCAGUCAGAAGAUGAGAGACUCAAUAACACAGACGAGCAGAAAGCUGGCAUCAAAGCAACCUGGGCUUCCUGACACCCCAGCAGUGCCACAGGCCGAUUGCCUCAAUGCCAUGUCGCACUGAUACAGUAAUUCAUCCAAAGGAAGCAGAAAUUAACAGGAUUGUCUGGUUGACAUUUCAGUAUUACAAAUGCUUUUUUGGGGUGAUGUUUUGGGAUAUUCUGAUAUUUUUGAUAUAGUGGAUUUCAGAUUUUUGUGAGCUGUAAUUCAUAAUCAUCCAGAUUGAAGCAAAAAAAGUCUUAGAGUAUUUCACUUUGUGUGUGAUGAAUUUAUAAAGCUAGAAAGUUUCACUUUUUUAAUUAAAUUAUCUGAAAGAAUGAACUUCCUCAUAAUAUUUAAUUUAUUGAGGUGAACCUGUUUGUCACAGAGUGAAUACAUGGACACACUUUACAGCUCUGGGGCCUCAUUUAUAAAACAUUGCGUAGGAUCCAUACUAAAAGUGUGCGCCCAAAAGCUGAAACUGGCGUGCGGCAGAAAAUAAUCCGAUUUAUAAAACUGUCCGUACGCACACCUGUAAGCACUUUUCCCUUUAUAAAUCACAGUCCACCUGGAUGAUUGCGCAGGUGGAUUCAUCUCACAUCCUGCCCUCUGUACACCCACAGUUUACCAUGAAUGGUCAAUGCAAAGUACCUCAUGAAUGUUUUUGCAUAUAAAUAAGCCUGCUGAUCGACACUCAAUCAUGGCAGAGAAGACAAGGAAAAGGAAUUUCACGGAGACCGAAAUAGAGGUGCUUGUGGGUUAGGUGGGGUAAAAUUAUUUUAUUUGGUGGUCACAGUAGUGGCAUGACUAAUAAAAGAAAAACAAGUGAGUGGCAGCAUGUCUUCACCGCUGUAAAUAGUGUGAGUGCCACAGAGCGAUCUGUGGCAGAGGUGAAAAAGAAGUGGUUGGAUCUGAAGGUGGAGGCCAAGAGGAGAGUGGCAUGAUGCUGUCAAAAUGUGUCUGCUACAGGUGGGAGCAAGGGCACACCCAAGCCCACACAGCUGGACACCAAAAUAGCCUCCAUACUUGGGACGGCCAACGUGUGUGGCAUAGUGUCGCAGAAGGAAGGAAGGAGACAGAGAUCUGGCAGAGACCACAGAGUGGUCAGCACCUGUAUAUGCACCGGGAUGGCACGGUUCCGGCGGGUGGUUCUAGCUAACACUGGGCCCAGUUCAGCACAUAGAUCCAAGAGCGCUGCUCUAAGGAAUCUAAAUCUGCUUAUUAGCCACUCAUCAUCAUGGGCCAAGACUCUCUCCACCCUGAUCCUACAAUUUGCGUGAUCUUCCAGCGGUGCCAGUGCAUCCAUUGUGCAGCAUUACGCACGAGUGUCACCGCGCUAUUUAUAUGCUUACUCAGCAAUUAAACUGGUUGUUAAACACCUUGUCACAUUUAAUACUAAUCAAUCAGUGCUAUCCACGGCUCUAUAUAAUUUGAAGAUGGAAGUACGAUAUAUGAACAUUGUGAAUACAGUAGUAGGCCUAAUGCCCCACUAAAGAAACACAUCCAUAACACUGCAGACUUUGGUGUUUAUGAUUACAUGGGUCUUUAAGCCUGAUAUGUGAUGACAUGAAAUGAAUGAGAUGAAUCUGGCUUCAAUUCACCACCUCACCAUCUGUGCCGCCAGUUUCCCCUGUCUCCGAAAUGUUUGUGCGCAAGGAUCAAAGUUGACGUACCGGUGCACACAUUCCACCGGCAAGUUUAUUUUUAUAAAUCACAACCUUUGCGUGGGAAGGGGUGUACGCCACUUUCAAGCCCCGUUUUGUGCGUAAGCAAGCUUUAUAAAUGAGGCCCCUGUACAUUUUAUACAUACCUUACACCGAACAUUUGGUAAAUACAUGUUGCCCCUCUUCUUUAUGGCAAUAUCUGAAAGAAGGCAACAAUGCAACUUCUGCUAUGCUAUAUGCCAUAGAGCAUAUGUCUAGUCCAGAACUGGUCCGAUUGAGGUGUAAGUAAGCAAGAUCUCAAACCACAUUAUCUAGGUGUGUUUGUGGGGCUUUGACAGAUUUAAAACUGUACAAUUUGGUCAAACAAGCAUGUUUACAUGCAUUUGAAAAGAUCAGUUUCAGUUGACUGACACAGACAAUUCAACUUUCUCUUAUUGCAUGCACACUAGCCGAGUGUCACCUCACUAUUACCUGACAAGACUCAGGGAGGUUUCUGGAAAAAUCACACUCGUCCUGUAACUUGCAAUGAAACCAUACCUGUUCCUCUUUACCUGAAACUAGCAACCCUGCAAAUGGGAAGAAAAACUAUGUGCAGGCUUUGGGAGGGAGGAGCACACAGAUUCCCAUGCCUGAUAUACAGUUCAGGUUCUCUUGGAUUUUAUGUUGAUAAAUACAACAUUGUAAUGUAGAAAGCUAUUGUAACAUGCUUAAACCUACAAGGAAUGUGCAUACAUCACAUGGCAAAAACCUAAAAAAAUGUGAAGCAUAGAGCUCCACAUACUGUGAAGUCCUUGUCGUAGUCCGUACGGCUGAGGGUUCAGUAGAAGGGAUAAGGGUUUGGUUACGUUUUUGUUCUGUGGUCCAGAGUUUCGAUCUCUGCGUGUCUCUUCCUUCACACUUAAACCACAUCACUUUCACAAAGUCUGACCUAAAUCACGGGCAGGAAUCGUUUUUUCUUUGUUUUGUUUUCUUCUCAGUGUCUAGAACCAUAAAUCCUAUUCUCCUCAAUAUUUAUCAAAUCACCAUGAUUCUGUGAAAUAUUUUCUUUGAAUGACUUCACCUGUAGAUGUUUGAGAACUCAAAUCCAACUCAUUUACUGACAUUUUACCUCCUCUUACUUCCAGUAUAUUCUGCUGUGAUACAGUAACAACUGGUGAAAAUGUGUGUAUUUGUGUAGUUCAAGGACCAAAUGUGGGUUAAUUUGUGCCGGCAUGACUGUAAUCAGGAUUUGACAUUUAUGCAUUCAGAUUAACACAUGUGACUCCCCCACCUACAACAUCAGUGACUCAAACACAGACCUGCACACCUAUUUCACAUCACAUUUACAGUUACAGUAAAAUAUUUGGAGCAUGCUACAAGGAAAUCUCAAAAUAAAUGUAUAUAAGAAAAAUUUGUACUGUAUGUCCUUCUUAAAUGUUUGAUGGUUGCUGCAGAUUUUUUAAGAAGUCUGAUUAAUAUAAA